UCAGGGCGCCCCUCGCUCCGAGGCCCACUUCGGAAGACGCGGGCUCCGGCCCCGCUCCCCGACUCGGCAGCUCCGGCCCCGGCCACAACCACCGAGAGGGCCGGGCCGCGCUGCGCCGUGCCGGCGCGGAGCCGCCCCCCUCACGGCGCUGCGAACGGGGAGGCGGGACGGGGGGAAGCCGCGAUCGCCGAGGGGAGGGCGGGGAGCUCCGCGGCGGGCCCCCCGGCUCCCCAAGGCCUCGCCCCGCUCUGCCCUCUUGGGCGGCGGUAUGGCGGGCGGGCUCCGCGCCCCGCUGUUGGCAGUGCUGGCGCUGCUGCUGGCCGCCGACCGGGCGGCUCUCGCAGUGUCAUUUUAUGGUGAUAGUUUUGUGGCAUUGAAGAUGGCAGAAGCGUCCUAUCAGACAACCUUACAGUUACGAUUUCUAACAAGCAAGCCACAUGGAUUGCUUUUUCUUGCAGCUGGGAAGAAAGAUUAUUGUUUGAUAGAGUUACAGUCAGGAAAUCUGCAGUUGAGAAUUAACUUUGGCAUGGGAGAACGAAUACUGCGUUCUUGGCAAAGAUCUCAUCUGAAUGAUUCAGCUUGGCACUUGGUUGAACUGCAUCAUGAACGUGACAAUGUCACAUUGUUAAUUGAUAAAAAUGAUAGGACUACUGCAAAAAUGCCUGGAUCUCUCAAUGAAUUAAAUAUUGAUCAUGGAUUCUACGUAGGUGGUACUACGGAACUUGAUGUUCCUUACCUUGUUCGGGGACUGCCCAGCUUUCGAGGAUGUAUUGAUGAUGUGUUAUUUAAUCAGCUAGACAUUUUGAUGCCCCUGAGAUCUUCCAGGUUUAAAAAAGUCCAUGAAGUUUCAGUGGGAUGCAGUGAUGAAUUCUUUGCAGGUGAAGAUGAACCCAUCAGUUUUUUUAGUUCCAGAUCCUAUGUUUCUUUCCCAUUAUGGAAUAUUGUUGAUGGUGAGGGAGUCUUGGAAUUUGCAUUGCAAACAUCAGCUGCACGUGGCUUGCUGCUUUAUCAUCCUGGACAAGAAGGAGAUUUCAUUGCAAUGGUGGUGGAAGAUGGAUUGAUUAAAGCCUAUACUGAAAAGCAUAAAAGUAGAACCUGCCUUUCCUCUCUUAGGUCAGUCAAUGACAGUCAUUGGCAUUACAUUAAGCUCAAAUUUACUGCAGAAUAUUUACAACUUACAUUGGAUAAAGAAACUGUGAAAAAAUCAUUCCCUCCUCAAAACGAGCUGCUGCUUCUGAAUGGGUCACUCUUUGUAGGUGGCGUAGAUGACAGUAAACGAUUGGAAGUGAUUAAAUUAGAGCUAACCUCCGUGUCUGGGAAGCAUGCCAGAGGAAGGUCCUUCAGAGGUUGUUUAAGAGACCUGAAAGUCAAUUCAGAAAAGAAAUCGCUGAAGAAUGUUCAAGUAACAAAGGAUAUUUCAGCUGGAUGUGAAGCGGAAAAUGCUUUUAAUACAAAUCUUUCUUUGGAGAUGGCUGUAAAAUAUCCUACUGUAAAAGCAGCCCCACCACUUGCCCUUUCCCCUGAAAACUCUGUCUCUCUGGGACAGGAAGAUAAAAACCACUUUUUAGUUCUGAGUAACCUGAUUGUUAAAGAAGGUGGAAAAGCCUCACUUGAAUCUAAACAUAUUCAAGUUAAUUUAGACAUUCAGAAAUUAGGAAUUAAUCUAUCACAAGUUCUUUUUGAAAUAAAGGAACCACCAUCACAUGGUACCUUGAAACUAGAUAUUGAACCAGUGUUGGAGGUAAAUAUGUUUACUUUGCAGGAUGUGUGGCAAGGGAAGAUUCUGUACAUCCAUGGUGGCUCUGAAGAUACUUACGAUUAUUUUAAUUUCUCCAUUUCUGCACACAAUAGAAAGAUUGUGCCUCCAUAUUUGCAAAGAAAUGAGGAGUAUAUGUUUAGCAUUAUCAUCACUCCAGUAAAUGAUGCUCCUGAGAUCACACUUGCUGAGGGAAACUUACUGCUUUUGAUAGAAAACUCAAAGAAACGUUUGACUAGUGACUUGAUAAGAGUAUUAGAUAAUGAUACAGAUCCUCUGGACCUCAGUCUUUCAGUGCUUGGAAAUCUUAAUGCAAAUGCAGGAUAUUUAGAAAAUUCAAAACAUCCUGGAAAGACUAUUACUACUUUUUCUAAUGAGGACUUACAAAAAGGCUAUGUUUUCUUUGUCCACACAGGUGUCAGGAACUCAAGGAUUGUUCUGAGAGCAAACGAUGGUGAGAAAGUGAGCAACACUGUUGUGUUACGCAUCAUGGCAAUUCCUUUGGAAUACAAAGUUGUUAGCAACUCAGGAAUAAAACUCGUCCAAGGUGCUACAGCUCUAAUCACAUCCAGGCAUCUGACAGUUGAAACAAAUGCCAACCUCCAAGAGCUGGAGAUUCUAUAUGAGAUCAUAGAUGCACCCCAGUAUGGGGAAGUUCAAAGGCAGCAUUCAAGGGGGGAAUGGAAGCAAGUCAGCUCUUUCUCUCAGCGCUCCAUUCAGCGCAGCCGUGUAAGAUACUGUAGUACUUUUAGAGAAAUUCAGCUGGAAAAUAUUACUGACCAAUUUAAAUUCAAAGUUACCAUAGGAAACAGAACCAGUGAAGAAUAUGUGUUUCCAGUUCAAGUAAAAUGGUUAAGGUACAGUUUAUUGAAAUAUACUCCUCUAGAAAUUGAAAAAUCAAAAAAGAAAUACUUGAAUUCAGAUAAUCUUUUUGCUGUGCUUGUGGGUCAAGAAAUACCUGACGAUGAACUUCAUUUUAAAUUGCUGUCUUUACCAAAGAGUGGACAAAUACUGCUUAAUGACCAGUCUUUGAAAGAAGAUUCAGUCUUUAGCCAGAAAGAUAUUGCUGAUCAAAAAGUGGCAUAUCAGUUAAUGAGCAGCUAUUGUGAAGACAAUCAUGAUUCAUUUAAAUUCCUCAUCUCCACAAAGUAUCUGGAAUCAAAUAUCUUUGACUUUGAAAUCUACAUCAAAUCAGAUUUUAGAAACAUAAUUGUAAUUAACAAUGGCUUAACUGUUACUGAAGGUGAAGGAGAAUUAAUAACAAGCUCAAAAUUGUUUGUGCAAACACUGGAUAAUAAAACUUUCCAGUAUACAGUUUUGAAGUUUCCUAAACAUGGGAAAUUAAAACUCAUUAAUUCUUCAAAUUCAUUUGAGAGUAAUGGCAAUCUCACCACUUUCACUAAUAAAGAUAUAGCUAAUAAGCGUCUUAUGUAUGUGCAUGAUGAUUCUGAAACAGUGUUUGAUGAAUUUCUUGUGAGAGCUUCCAAUGAAGAAUCAAGGGAGAGUGCAAAUUUUGAUCCUGUAGUAGGACCUUCCUCAGUAGAAAUUAGAUUCAACAUUUCUGUCCAGCUGAAGAAUGAUGAAAAACCAGUACGUGUUGUUGAUAAAGUAUUUAACAUUGUGAGAAAUGGACAGCGAUUAUUGACUUUGGCAGAUCUUUGUUAUCAUGAUCCUGAUUCUGAUUUUGAAGAUGGGCAGCUGCUAUACAUAAGACGUGGCAUUUCCAAUGGAGAUUUGGUGCUAACAAAUAAUUCAUUGCACAGACUCUAUCAAUUCAAGCAAGCAGACCUGAAGCAAAAGCUAGUCUUGUUUAUACACCAUGGUGCAGAUUUUGGGCGUUUUGUGCUCUUUGUAACAGAUGGCAAACACUACACGUCUUUCCUUCUAGAAGUUAAUGCCACUGAUCCUUAUGUUAGCUUGGCAAAUAAUACAGGUCUGUUGGUUCAAAAAGGAAAAGAGGAAAUCAUUACAACAGCUAACCUAAGUGCUAUUACAAACCAAGACAUCAGAAAUGAUCAUGAGAUUACAUUUGAGAUAACCACUUUCCCAAAAUAUGGAAGAAUAUCUGUAAAUGGUUUAAUGAUGGACUCCUUCACACAGUUUGAUCUGAUAAGGGGGUACGUGACAUACAGGCAUGAUGGCAGCAACAACUCUAUUGACACAUUUAACUUUACAGUCUAUGCUAAGAACGUCCAUCUUGAUUCUGCUGUGCAUGUUCGCAUGUAUUUGGAAAGUCAUCAGUGGCGACCAGGAAUUGUGAACAGUAACAGUCUCUUAGUUGAAGAAGGAAAAACAGUUAAGAUCAGUAAAGGAAAACUGCAAGUUGCCCAUGAAAACAGUUCUCCAUCUGAGAUUGUGUUCACAGUAAGGCAGCUUCCAUUACAUGGAUACAUUCGGAUGUUUUCAUCAGAAGAGAGUUAUCUUGGUGCCGAACAAAAGCCAGUUCUGACCUUCACACAGCAAGAUGUUGAUGAGGGCAAAGUUCAGUAUGUGCAGACAGUUUCUGACCAAUUAAGUGACUAUUUUUCUCUGGAUGUGACCAGUGGUGUCCAAACCGUGAAUGACAUAGAAAUCUCAGUUGACAUUAUUCCUAAAAUGAUUCCUUUGGAAGUAAAGAACUUCACAAUAAUUGAAGGUAGCUCAAAAGCCCUGGUGGAAGACGAUCUAAAAAUUUCUAGUAGACACUUUGCAGGACUCAGCUGUGAAAUUAUUUUAGUUGAUCUGCCAAAGCAUGGAUAUUUUGAAGAUUCUAAUGCUCCUGGAAUAAAGUUAAACAGAUUUACCAAACAACAGGUGGAACAAGAAUUAAUCUACUAUGUUCACGAUGGCAGUGAGGAACUAAUGGACAAUUUUACCUUUAUAGUAAAUAACGCAGAAUUACAGAAACAAAGCUUGCCCCAAACAAUGUUUGUAACAGUUACUGCAGUAAAUGAUGAAGCUCCUGUUAUAAAAGUUAACAGAAUUCUUCAGGUUUGGGUGGGUUCAGUCACAGAGAUAACUGUUGAUGACCUCUGUGCAGAAGAUAAGGACUCCUCACCAUCAGACCUGAUAUAUUCAAUUACACCACCCAGCAAUGGGCACUUGGCUCUGAAGUCUUCUCCAAACAAGAGCAUCCUUAGUUUUACUCAGGCUCAUAUAAUUGAAGGGCAGCUGGUAUUUGUACACAAUGGGGCAAUGUCUGGAGGCUUCAGCUUUCAGGUAACAGAUGGCUUGAACUUUGCACCACGACAGAUUUUUAGCAUCACAGCUCGGUCUCUUGUCAUUAGCCUUGAAGUGAACAAAGGACUCAGAGUCUUUCCAGGUUCCAGGAAACCUAUUUCACAACAUGAUCUGAAAGCUGUAACCAGUGAUGUGACCAAUGCAGGAAACAGAACUAUAACUUUUACGAUUCUAGUUUCCCCCAAACUUGGAAGGCUGAUCAGAACAAACUCUGAUAAUACCACUCAGGAAAUCGUCAGUUUUACACAGUCUAUGGUGAAUGAAGGUGUGAUCAUGUAUGAGCACUCAGAGGCAGAAUCAGCUGACUGGAGUGCAGAAGAUUUCUUUACAUUUACUGUCUCUUCUCCACCAUCAGCUUUGGACCCUCAGAUGUUCCAUAUUGUCAUUUCAUAUGAAAUUCCCAGACAUGAUAGGAACAGUCGUCUUCUUUCAAAUACAGGUACUGUAGUCCAGGAAGGAGGUAGAAUAUUAAUCAACAAAACACAUUUAGAUGCUUCAAAUCUAUUGAUCAAGCUACCUGAAGUACAACGCUCCAUGUAUGAAGUCUGGUACCAAGUUGUGUCUUUACCCCACCAUGGCGUAAUAAUUGUUGGAGAAAGAAAUGUUACAAAAGAAAAACCUAAUUUCUCACAAUACAUACUGAACAAAUUUGGAAUUGUGUAUGUGCAUGAUAAUUCUGAAUCACUUAUGGACAAUUUCACUUUUGCUGUUUGGUUAAACCUAAAGACCAAGUCUGCAACAAAGCCCCAUGAUGAAGUUUUAGAAGAGAUGUUUAAUAUUACUGUUAUUCCAGUGAAUGAUCAACCGCCAGAACUGAAGACUAAAAAGCUGCACCUGAAAGUCCUUCAGGGAGAUGUGUCAGUGCUGGGGUCAGAGAAUCUGAAAGUUGAAGACUUAGACAACACCCCAGCAGAGCUCAAAUAUUCCAUUGUUAGCAACCCCAAUAAUGGUUAUUUAGCAAUGAAGAGCAAUCUGAGUAUCUCUAUACAGGAUUUCACACAAGCUGAUAUUGACAGUGGUGGGGUUUGGUUUGUACAGGAUGGAAGUUCUUCUUCUGGGGUGUUUUAUUUCAGUGUGACUGAUGGUAAACAUCGUCCUUUAUACAAACUUUUCAGUCUUGAAGUUGUACCAAUUAGUCUUGUCCUGGUCAACCUUACGGAUGUUGCACUUCCACAGGGUCAGACAUCUGUCACUAUUACUAACAUACAGCUUUCAGCUGUCACAAAUGGAAAAAGCACUAAUAUCAUGUAUGAAUUAACUCAACCCCUCAAGUAUGGGCACCUGAUGAUUGAAAACGAGCAGGUUACUAAAUUUGAGCAGACAGAUUUGAACUCGGGAAGACUUUCUUACCACCUGUCAAAUUUCACUGUGUUUAAAGAAGUACUGAUAUUUAUGAUAUUCACUGCAGAAAGUAAUCUAACAGAACAAGUGCUGAACAUUACAAUGAAGCCUUUAGUGCAAGUUGUAUCUGACAUGCAGAUUUCAAAUCAAGCAGUUUAUAAACUCAGAAGCAAUGACCUGGAUGCUUCUGAGCUAGCCAAUUUAACAAACAGUAAUCCUAGAUUUGAAGUUAUAGUGCCCCCAGCUCAUGGGAGGAUUGUAAAAAAGAGGUUUGUGAAUGAUGCAGUGUUUGAAGAUAUUCGGACAUUCACCCAAACUGAUAUUGAUGAAGGUACUGUGCUUCUCAACAUAGAUACAAAUAUGACAGGCAUUGAUCUUUUAAAUGAUUCAUUCAUGUUUGUGCUCAGGGCAGAUGAUGUGCAGCCUGCUGUUGGCCAUUUUGAGUAUUCCAUAGUGCCAUACAGUCCUCCUCUUGUGCAAAAUUUCACAGCUGAAGUGCCUUUCAUAACCAGUAUGACCACUUUAAAGAUUCCAACUACCUCAAAUGACAGGGUACUAGUUUACUCCCAUGAUGAAGUACCUACAGUAGCACCAAAGAAGACUGUCCCAGACAUGUGGCUAGGUCGGAAACGCUGGGGAAAUCAACUUGAGGAAGGUCCAUCGCUAAAUCUGGCAGUGGGAACAAGGGGAUCUGUAGGGACUGAGACCACAGAUCAGAUUAAUGCCAUGAGCUCCAGAGAGCAAGCACGUGAAAGCAGCAAUCAUUGGUACAUCAUUAUACCCCUGGUCCUGGUGUCUGUGUUACUCAUUAUUGCUAUUAUUUCUGUGUGCAUUUUGCUAAUGUGUCAGAAGAAAGAGAAGGCAAAACCACUUGUCAAAAAUCAAACAGAUGUAGUCCUCAGUAGUCCAGGUCAUUGUCUGGAACGGAGCUUGACUGUACCCACUGUUACAGUGACCCCUCUCCUGAAGGGAGCUGAGGGAAAUACAUCCUCUGCACUGAUGGCAGUAAGGCAUGAACAGCUGCUUCCUACAGUACUUUUUCGGACUGUAGAACAGCCUUUGCAAAAUAGUUGGUUAAACCUAGAUCCUGAAAUGAUCCAAUAUUGUCGAAAAACAAACCCAACUUUGAAGCAUAGUCAGUACUGGGUGUAGUUCAUGGCCAGCUUUGGUCAUGCCAACUGACGUAAUGUGGAAAGGAGAGCAUACCUUAUUAACAUACAAUUCUUUAUUAUGAUUAUUUAUAAUAGGUCUAAUGGUGCAUUGUUUGUUAGGUGAAACCCAGAUAGCUGUGAUAUAGUGAAAGUCUUAUUGAUUACAGUGGCCAUAAAUUGAGUUUUCCCACCUCAUCAGACGCAGAACUUGUCCUUUUUGUGCACCCUGUGUAUGCAGUGUUUUUUAUUUUCCAUGACAAGGCUAAAGUAAAAUGUACUGUCAUGGAUUAUAUCUAUUUUAACAUUAUUAUUAUUUUGAAGAACUAAGUUUGCUGUAAAGAUCCUGUGUUCUUUCCUGAACUGGUACUUCUAUGUUAAGAACUUGAAACUGUUUUUACAAGUAGUUAUCAAGGUGCUAAUCUCAAUAAUGUCAUUUUGACCCAAAGGCUGUUCAAAGGCCAAUACUAAAGAAACAAAGCUGUCAUUAUUUUGCCAUGUAUUCAUCUGGGUCAGUGAGCUUGAAAUCUAGCAUUCAUUUUAGCAGUAAUUCUAUGACAGCAGCAGUAAGUAAAGGUAAAAUGCUUACUGUGAGAUGGCUGUUUUUUUGAUUGUUUGUUUUGUGUUUUCCUAAUUUGUUGCUGGAAUCUAGCCUUAAUAUCUGGUAAAAUGCAUCCAGGGCCUCUAAUCCACAUGGCAAAAACUGUAUCUCUGCCAGUCAACCUUCCUGCUGAAUUAUUUUCAGGCUUAGCUUAUGUCUGGAAGAACAUAUCAAAUGUCCUAUUUCUUAUUAAGGGCUAAGUUCUGACUUCAGUGAAGCAAGAACAGCUCUCUUUUUGGUCUGUGAGUCCAAGCAGAUGAUAGUAUCAUCAAAUCCUUUGCUGCAAACUACUCUGUGUGGUGGAGCUACUGACUGAAUACUGUGACUAAAGACAUACUCCCUUCUGAAGGUUCACAAUUUACCAUUCAUCUCCCAGAAUGCAGGUCUUAUGUGCCUUAUGCUCUCUGUCAGGUACUAUGUACUCUUAAUUUAGCUGUUAGUAAAAUGUGCAGUUAUUUCUCUGUAAGGAUAAUGUUUUUGUAUUUAUGAAAAUGAAUAGUGAUGUGCAGUCUCCUGUUAAGGUCCAUUCUUUCUUUCACUGAGAACAACAGCAAAAUUCUUAUUGACUUCAGAGGACAAAAUGACCAAUGAACUUCUCAUAUAUUUUUGUAUCAACUUCUAGGUAGCUUCUCUGUAAAAACCCUGUCUGUAAAUGUCUCACUGCUGCAUUGUUAUUAUUAACACUGGAAUAAUAUUUUUGUUUUAUCCAAAUUACUGCUGUUUUUGCUUUUAUAGCAUGGCCUAAACGUCCUUGGUGCUGUUAAUUUCACAGUACUUCAUUUUGGUUGUCCUUUUCUGCUGUUGAUUAAUUGCAUUUCUGGCAUUUACAUAUUUCAGUUGAGGGAAGUGUUUACCAGUGAGAAGGGCCAGACUAAAUCUCUGGUUACUGCUGUGUCCCAGGAGCUAAAUACUUGAGUAGCAUGCCCAGUUAGAGACAUUUUAAAGCAGUACACUGUUCAGAGCCUGCUGCCAGGUCAGUGUCAGUGGAAAAUAUGCAGGCAACAUUUUCAGCUGUUUUAGUUAGUGGAGAGAUAUGAAUCCUUCAUAUGCUCAAGCUAAAAUAUAUUUGAAGCAUAUUAUGCAAUUUUUGUUUGUAAUUACCAUUUUUUCUUGAUGCCACUGUGAGCAGGCUUGAGAUCACCUUCUACCUACUAGGCCUUUCUAGUUAAAACAAAAACAAAAACCUUUGCUAUUUUAGAAGCUCUCGGCAAGAGAGGUGGUGCUGUCAACCAUUGAAGGGAUACCCUAGCAUCUUUGUGGAGGUGCAGUUGUAGUCUCCUGCCACUUCCUGAGACCUUAUUUGCUAUCACCAAGCAAAAAGCAACUUCCUCCAGAUUCCAGCUGUCAGCAGAGUGUUUGCAAUACCUUUCCUCCAGUGCCAUUUAGCCAGUAGCAGGAAGUCAAUUCCUCUCUAUCUACUCCAAGGCUCCACUCCAAUUAUAAAAAAUAAUAAUUAAGAGUUAUAAUUCAGUAGUUCCAUGACACUUAAAGAAGCAUGCCUCACAUUUCCCUAUGGUUGAGACCUUCCUGUCAACACAAAAAGAAAUGUCAUACUCUGGAAUGAAGUUAAAGCUACCAUGGAAUGAAGUUAUAUGCUUUUACUGCAGUAUCAAAAUAUUGCCACUGGAGUCCACAUUUUAGACAGGCUGAAAAAAAAAAAAUAGAGAUGGAAUAUGUGCUUAAGAGACUCUUUAAACUAUGUAUCAUUGUAAAGACAGGUAAGUGAGGUUGCUGUUUGUUGUGCCAUAGAGAUGGAAGAUAGGGCUACUGCAAUGGUGGCAAUGGUAAAAAAUGAGGCCUCAACAUAUUAUCAAGUGAAUUAAAAAAACAGUAAUGCAAUUAGAACUUCAGAACUGAAUGGACCCUCUGCAUAUCUGUAUUUGUAUUCUCUGAGCAAGAAAUAAUAGAAAAAUACAGAGAAGAUUGCUGAAUUUUUGUUUGUGUAAGCAUAAUGAACUAAAUUCUUAUUUGUUUCAGAAUUGCUUUUGCCUGACAACAGAAAUUUACUUCAAGAAGAACCAGCGCUAUGAGCUGUGUUUUAAGAACAGGGCUCAGUUUCUAGAGCGUUGACUUUUUUCUUUAAUAAAAACCUGAAGGCCCAAUUGUGAUGUGUUUCAGCAUUUAGUUUGCUCGCCCAAUGCUGCUGUUACACUGUGCCGUAAUACUGGCCAUACUACUGAACUUUUGGAUGAGAACUCUCUAUAGAGAAGUAUACUGUAUCACUGAUUGCUGGGUUUCAUAUAAAAUGCUCUCUUUAAUAUUAUAAUUGAUAAUUACAUGUGGAUUUUACUUUAGUAUCGUAACCAGAGUCCUGUUUAAAAAAAGGAGUGCCUUAAUGUAAUGUAAGCUUUUCCACUGGACAAGUCAGAAUAGUCUCUGUCAGAUAAGGGUUUAUCUUAUCUCAUCACGUGUCCUCUUGGCUGUGUUCAACAUGGGCAUGAACAUAACAUUAAAAUUAAUUCAUUUCAGGCCAGUCAGUCUCCCCUCCAUUCCUAGAAAGCAAUGGGACAGCUUGUUCUGGACGCCAUCACCCAAGCAAUUGGAAGACAAGAAGGUUAUCAGGAGUAGUCAACAUAGAUACACCAAGGAAAAAUCUUGCUGUGAGAAAACAUUCUGUGAUGUCCUCAACAGCUGAGAAGGUGGGGAUAAGCAGUGGAUGUUAUGUAUCUUGACUUCAGAAAAGUGUGGACACCGUCUCCCACAGCAUUCUUAUUAUGAAACUUAGAAAGUGGGGGAUAGAUGUAUUUACGGUGGGAUGGAUUGAGAACUGGAUGACUGGCAGAGUUCAGAGGGUGGUCAUCAGAGGUACAGAGUCUGUUUGGAGGCCUGUAACUAGUGUUCCCCAAGGUCAGUACUGAGUCUGCUCUUCACCAGUGACCUGGAUGACGAGAUGAGUAGAGUCUACCCUCAGCAAGUUUGCUGAUGAUAUAGAGCUGGGAGGAAUGGCUGACACUCUGGCAGAUGGUGCUACUAUUCAACAAGACCUGGACAUACCGAAGAGUUGGGCAGAUUGGAACCUGAUGAGAUUUAUCAGGAGCAAGUGUAGAGUCUUGCACCUGGGAAGGAAUAACCACAUUCAUCAGUACAAGAUAGGGGCUGACCUGCUGGAGAGAAGCUCUGCAGAGGACAACAGGUUGGUCAUGAUCCAGCAGUGUGUCCUGGUGGCCAAGAAGAUAGCCUGAGGUGCAUUAGAAAGAACGGCCAACAAGUUAAGGGAAGUGAACCUCUCACUCUGCUCUAUCUUGGGGAGGACACAUCUGGCGUACUCUGUCCAUUUCUGGGCUUCCCAGUUCAGAAAAGAUGGAUCUCCUAGAAGGAGUCCAGUAGAGGACCUCAAAGCUGAUAGAGAGCCUGGAGCAUCUCUUGUAUAAGGACAGGCUGAGCAACCUGGGUCUGUUCAGCCUGGAGAUAAAAAGACUGAAAGGGGAUCUGAUUAAUGUUGAUAAAUAUCUAAAGAGAGGUAGGAAGCAAAUGGGUGAGGGCAGGCUCUUCUUGGAGAUGUGUAGCGAUAGGACAAGGAGUGAUGACCUAAAACUUGGACAUAGGAAGUUCCAUACUAACAUGCAGAAGAAAUUUAUUGUAAGGGUGAUGGAACACUGGAACAGGUUUCUCAGAGAGUUUGUGAAGUUUCAUUCUAUGGAGAUAUUCAGGACCCAUCUGGACACCUGCCUCUGUGACAUGCUGUAGGGAACCUGCUAUUGCAGGGGGGUUGGACUCUGAUCUCUCGAGCUCCUCUCCAACCUCUGUAAUUCUUUGAUUUGAAUUUUCUGAAACAGCACUGCAUUGGGUGUAUUUCAAGAAGUUUUAUGUUAUUUCACUACACAUGCUUAGGAUAUCUUGAAGUACCAGUUUCUUAAAUGUUAAUAUAUUAGUGCUGUUUUGUCCCUGUUCUAAAAGCCAGUACAACAAGCCUCUUGAUACCUGUCAGCCACAUACAUCAGUCAUGCUGAAUUACAGAGCUGUUUUAAUAUUAAUUGUGUGCCCCAUUAUCAACCAGAUACAGUAAAAAUGUAAGCACCUUAUGCUUGCCUUAGGGAAUAAGGCAGUGUACAUCUUGACUGGCUCUGUGGGGAAGAUUUGAGCAUGUGAGCUGGCACUCUGGGAGACCUAGACCAGCACUGGAGCUGACUAUUAAUCAUUCUUCAAAUGUUCAGAAAUGCUGAUCUCAAUUGAAAAUUAAUCCAUAUAUUCCUGAUGACAAAAAUAAAUAACCCUUAUACCCUGGCUCUACUGAAGCAGAAUUGUUAAACUGGAGCAAAAAAAGAUUAUUUGAAGACAUUAUUUGUGUGUGC